AUGUUCGGCACCGCCCCCAAGCUCACGAUCCGCACCACGGGCCCGGCCCAGGGCUCGCGGAGGGUCACUACGUGCGCCGCGAAGGUGGCUCGCGUCCUCAAGCUGGCCCUCCCGGCCGGCAAGGCGAACCCGUCGCCCCCGGUCGGCCCGGCGCUCGGUGCUGCGGGCGUGAACAUCAUGGGCUUCUGCAAGGAGUACAACGCGGCUACUCAGCAGCAGAUCGGCCAGAUCAUCCCCGCUGAGAUCACCGUGUACGAAGACCGGUCGUUCACGUUCGUCCUGAAGACGCCGCCGGCGAGCGAGCUCAUCAAGAAGGCUGCGGGGAUCAAGGUCGGCUCGGGCGAGCCCAAGACGAAGAAGGUGGGCAAGAUCACGCGCGCGCAGCUGGAGGAGAUCGCCAACAUCAAGAUGCCGGACCUGAACGCCGUGGACCUCGAAGGCGCCUGCCGCAUCGUCGAGGGCACCUGCCGGAACAUGGGCGUCACCGUGGAGGCGUGA